CCAACCGUGGGAGCCUCAAAGAAAAUACACGAAUUUAGGAUGAAACCAAGAGGCGGCGAGUAUAAACCUGACACGUCAUGGCAACAGAGCUGAGGAUCUGAGUUCGACGCGUCCUCAAAGUAGUGAUAGAUGUGCUCGAAAUAAAAGGCUCGAGGUUAUUGAUGCACCUCCGAGUGUUGAGAACUAGUAAGUUCAACAAGAAACCUGGCAUAGUGUCCGCUAAAUACCACAUAAGCGAUUAAUAGUUAAGUCAAUUCCUUAAAGAUGAAUUAACAGCUGUGAUAGUGAAUAAGAUGUCGAUGCUUCGAACCUCUCGUAGGAUUCCUUUGCCACAUUCUUCUUCAACUGUAGUCAUCAUACAGGUGAUUCCAGGAACGUAGGGAAUCCACCUAAUGAAGAGAGCAACUGUGCUGUGCCACUAGCGCUGCGUGUGGUAUGGUGAUACUUGUAUGUAAGGCGGCUUGGCGAUGUCAAGGCUUCAACUGGACCACAACCUGGAGGCCAAGUGUCAUCAACCAUUUCACAGAUGACGCCCAUGCUCGUAUGGUAGAUGAAAGCUCAGGUAUUGGGCACAAUAUUUGGGUCCCUCUUCAUCUUCAAAUUCGCGGUGGAAGCUCACCAAUUGAUCCCCCGGCUCUUCCAAUCUGUAGGCGCUUUGCUAAAUGGGCGGGGUUCUGACACUGCCUAGGUGUGAGCCGGGCCAGAGCGACUUUUGUACAUUGUGCUGUGCGGUCGACGCUACGCUUCGUGCUCACGCAUCAAGGGUGCAUUCAGGACGUGAGCCGAAAGGUGCUGAAGACGUCUACUUGGGUAAAAAAUCCGAUCUGCUUGCGAGAAGCUCGACAUGUCAAUCAUGUCUCGCGUUGGUCUCUUGCGCCGAAGAAGACUGCGCUAGCUUCUCCGAAAGCCAAGCCCCCAUGUGCGCUGGCGACUAUGACUUCAGCGCCCAUUUAAUGGACAGCAAUCCUGUUCUCUGCAUAGCUUUUGGGUCGCUACCUUUUGAGUCAACAGACGCCAGCCAAAGGCGCCAGCUUAUGAGCCAGUUAGGAGUACUCUCGCUGUUCUCGACGGACCAAGAUGUUCCUGAAGACUCAGAUGCAUGGCUCGCUGGAAGACCACGCCUAUUUGAUCCAAAACAGUGCGACCCCUGUUUGAUCCGUGGGUGGCUAGACCACUGCAAUCAUUUCCACGGGAAUAGAUGCUUAGUGCCACAGGCUUGGCGCUGUAAAGCCGAUGUUAUUCACAACUUUAUCGAUGUCGAGCUGGAAUGCAUCGCCAGUCCUACAACAGAAGUACCAUUCGCUGCACUCAGUUAUGUGUGGGGAGUAGUCGACACUCUCCAGUGCCUGGAGAGUAACAUAGACAGCUUGAGACAACCAGGUAGUCUGUCUUCGUCAGGCUCACAAGUCGUACCCCAAACGAUUCGCGACGCGAUGAGAUUAUGUGCUCUUACUGGGUAUAGAUACCUGUGGGUCGAUCGCGUGUGUAUUAUGCAAGAUAAUGAUGAGAUUAAACAGCAGCAUCUUCAGGGAAUGGGUUGGAUCUACGCCGCAGCAGACUUUACCAUUGUAGCUGCCGAGGGCAGCGAUGUUAAUCACGGAUUCUCGGGGCUGGGCCACGGGGUGAAGGAGAGGCAGAAGCAUAUUAUACCCUUUCCCUCCAAGCCUCUCAUCAGAGGAACCAUAUGGUCACUUGGCGACAGUCUUCCAUCCAACACGGUAUGGUCCAGCCGAGCUUGGACUUUCCAAGAACACGUUUUCUCUCGCAGAUUAUUGUAUGUUAACAAAUUCGUCAACUGGGUAUGUGCCUCAGCAAGGUGGACCGAGGCUGUGUCACUUCCUCCAGGCAUAUCGCAGUCCCUCAUACGAGCAAAAGAUGACCACCAUUCCGACGCUGGAAAAGUGUUUGCUUUAGACUGGCCAUCACUAAAGCACUAUGCCAGUAUGGUCGAGCAAUACAAUGUACGAAAGCUCACAUAUGAUUCUGACGUUGCAAUCGCUUUUGGAGGUUUGUUGCUGCAGAUGUGCAUGGGAUUUUCUGCUGGCUUCUAUGGCGGUAUUCCCGAAUUUUACUUCACAAUCUGCUUGCUUUGGCAGCCCAAAAGGGGACUUCGGCCUCGGUUCAAUCAACCCGACACGCGCUUUUUGCCCACAUGGUCAUGGCUCGGAUGGUCAGGGGCUCUAGACCUUCAAAUGUGGACCUGUAACACAGACAUGGAGCUCCCACCAGCGCCGUAUGAAGUCACAAUAUCCCCAGUAACAGAAUGGUUUAAGUCUCAGGACAGGAGAGAUGGUAGCCAUAUUGGCUAUACAUACUUUCAGGUACGUAAACUUUUCCACGAGGGCGGCGCUCCUACGCCGCCUGAAUGGCGGAAGCAUGACGGUGGUCCCGAGUCCGGCUACCACGCAUAUUACACGUACCGCGGGCAGAACCUCAAUCACAUCGGGUCUAUCAGGAAGUUUCGGUACCCUAUCCCCCCAUUUCAAAGGUACCGCAAUGUCAGCCCUCUUGAUCUGUCCGCACGGUACCUGUAUGCUACUGUACAGAAGGCCUUUUUCGUAUUUGGAACACCAGAAGACAUUCCGUCGCAACGAUAUGGUGACUGUAAGGAUGGAAGCUACGAAAUCGUUGAUCUUCCUGUGUAUACGACGUCUUCUGAAUGGGCCGGCUCUAUCCGAGCGAACCUGCACCAAAAUGACGCCCUUCCAAUUGGGCAGAAAUGCGAAGUAAUCCGUAUUGCAAUGGGCUCGUCCCCUUUGAAAAACGGAGAUCUUGCAGGACUUUAUUCCGAGGGUGUUUACCCAGUUUGCCCCUUCGGGUAUUUCGUCGGCCGUGAAGAACUGCGUGGCAUGACCACCUUUGACUUUUAUUUCGUGUUAUGGAUUCGGUGGGAUGGAGACACCGCAUGCAGACAGGCAUUAGGUGUAAUCUGGAAGCAUAUUUGGGAGAGAGCAGCGCCAGAAGAUGUUGAUAUCAAGCUUGGUUGAAUUUCGUGCCUGUUCGUAUUGAAAAUCGGCAUAUAUACUAGUUUCACAAUACUGCCUUCAUCAUGAGCCAUUCGAAGUAUCUAGAUCGAUAGA